UUCGUUUGCCAGUCGCGUAUUUCACAUCGACCAAGACGUUUGGGGUCUCUUUUCUCUCCUUCGCGUCGAAGAAGUAGUUUAGAUACUUUUAUUCUAUUCCAUCGGGAUAAAGAUUUUAUGAUUCUUUCGAUUUUGGAUUGUUCGAACGGUUAAUCCAAAAGAAUGCUAAACGCCAGGGAGCAAUUCUUCAAUGGCGGCAAUGGAGAUGGAAGUGUUGCUGGCCUUGGUCUGGGCAUAGAAAUAACUGAAUAUGGCGUUUCAAAUGGCGGACGUGUCUAUAAUACGACGACAGUGCCCAUGACAAGUGCCAGCAGUUGGCGUACAACAACGACGACAACAAAUUCUACAGGCAAUGCCACAGCCUCGACCACGCCUAGUUCCGCUCAGGUCUCCUCGAGUGCCGUAGUAACUAAGACCCCUUUGGAACCUGUAGCCGAAGAGGAUGUCCACUUCGAUACAGAUGCCCUAUCAAAUUUACCAGCCAGAGAUCCAGUGGAUAUUGAAUUCAAAGAAUUGUCGCUGACAGUGAAUUUGGGUUUCAAUCGAGGUUCCAAAGAGAUUUUACACAAUGUUAAUGGUAAAUUUCCGGGUAGCCAAUUGAUUGCCAUUAUGGGUCCAUCAGGAGCUGGCAAAUCGACAUUAUUGGAUGCCCUAUCGGGUUUCAAGACAACUGGCGUAGAUGGAUCUAUCCUAUUGAAUGGAAGGCGACGGGACUUGCCUUCAUUCCGCCGCAUGUCCUGCUAUAUUACACAGGACGAUCGUUUGCAGCCUUUGUUAACCGUUAAUGAGAACAUGCAUAUAGCCGCUGAUCUGAAAUUGGGCGAGAAUGUUAGCUACGAGGAGAAAGAAACUCGUAUUGAAGAUAUUUUGCUACUUUUGGGUCUUUACGAUCACGAUCAGACUUUGACAAUGCGCCUGUCUGGUGGCCAGAAAAAGAGGCUAUCCAUUGCCAUGGAAUUAAUCAAUAAUCCAACAGUUAUGUUCUUGGACGAGCCCACAACCGGCUUGGAUAGUAGUUCCUGCACCAAAGUUCUGGAAUUGCUGAAGAAACUAACAUCCCAGGGUCGCACCAUUAUUUGCACCAUACAUCAACCUACUGCCAAAUUAUUCCAGAUCUUUGAUCAGGUGUAUGUUCUAUCCGCCGGCAAUUGUGUCUAUCAGGGAGGUACUGAAAAAUUGGUGCCAUUCCUUCAGGCAGUCGACUUGCCCUGCCCCAUGUACCACAAUCCCGCUGAUUACAUCAUCGAGUUGGCCUGUGGCGAGUAUGGCUACGACAAGAUAGACACACUGAAAAGUGCCACAGAGAAUGGCAGUUGUCUCACCUGGUUUAAUAAUCCCAGCGCUGUGAUGCGAGCCGAAACUCUAAUGCGCAAGAAUCCCAUUCCAAGACGUACCAAAACUCGUUCACUGGAGAAUACCAGCUAUACGAAUCAAUGUUCGGUGCUCCUGCGACGUGGCUACAUCAAGGCGAAACGAGACACCACCAUGACACAUUUGCGCAUUGGCGUCAAUAUUGCUGUGGCCAUACUCUUUGGUGCCAUCUAUGAUCAUACAGGAGCUGAAGGAUCACGUGUAUUAGAUAACUAUAAUCUACUAUUUGCCAUACUGAUGCAUCAUUCCAUGACGACCAUGAUGUUGACGGUGCUAACAUUCCCAAUUGAGAUGUCAAUUUUGCUUAAGGAACAUUUUAAUCGUUGGUAUUCACUUAAGGCCUAUUAUACAUCCAUGACUUUGGUAGAUCUGCCCAUAUCGAUAAUCAGUUGCUUCUUGUUUACGGCCAUUAUAUAUUUGUGGAGUUAUCAGCCCAUGGAAUGGGUGCGCUUUUGGAUGUUCUUUGCCAUUAGUUUGCUUACUGUGUUCGUGGGCCAUAGUUUUGGCCUAAUGAUUGGCGCCUGGUUCGAUGUGACCAAUGGCACAUUCUUGGCUCCAGUUCUAACCAUUCCGCAGAUGAUGUUUGCCGGUUUUGGUGUAACGUUGAGAGAUUUGCCAAGCUAUCUAAAAUGGGGAAGUCAUGUAUCAUACUUACGUUAUGGCCUGGAGGGUUUCAUAGCGGCCAUUUAUGGACUGGACCGCGGAGUUUUGCCUUGCGAUGAGGCGCCCUAUUGUCACUAUAGAUAUCCAAAGAAGUUUCUGGAAGAGAUCACCAUGUCUGGUGAUCAGUUCUGGAACGAUGUACUUGCCCUCAGCGCAAUGACUGUUAUAUUUAGAUUAAUAUCCUUUAUAGUGCUCAAAGCCAAAAUCAAGUCUGUCAGAUGAGCAGAUCAAAAUCACACCGAAAUGCAUUUCAAACAAAAAUCCUUGCCUUGUAUUAUACAUUAAUCAAAAAAAAAAAAAAGAAGAAAAAAGAGUAAUUGUUGAAUUUUACAUUUAGUUCUAACGAUUUAUAUUUAAAUAAAUAUGUACAUGUACAUAAAUUUUUGUUAA